UAAACAAAGAGAGGCUCAAAAUCACGUAUCAAGCAGGUAAAUUAACUAACACCCACGGACACUAUAUAGUCAUGGGAAGAGGCAAGCCUAUCUCACGUAUCAAGCAGGUAAACUAACAUAUAAAGAAAAAAAAGAAAGUGAGGAGAAAGAGAUAGAGAUAUCUAGCAUGGAGGAUGAUGGUUCGCCGCCAACUUCUCCUCUGUUGACCCUCUCCACCAACACCAUCAAACUACAAGCCUCGGAACAAAACCACCAACGUUCUUCCUCCCGUAACCAUCAGAACCCUUUAGAAGAGGUAUGGGUGGAGAUGAAGCGCCUCUUGAGCAUAGCCUUCCCCAUGAUCCUCACCGGCCUCCUACUCUAUGGCAAGUCUGCCAUCUCCAUGCUUUUCAUGGGCCGGCUAGGGACAGAGGCUCUCGCAGGCGGCUCCCUGGCCAUCGCCUUUGCCAACAUCACCGGCUACUCCAUUCUCUCGGGCCUUGCCUCCGGCAUGGAGCCCAUCGCUUCCCAAGCCUUCGGAGCCAAGCGCUUCCACCUCGUGGGCCACGCCCUCCAGCGCACCACCACCAUCCUUCUCGCCAGUUCCGUCAUCAUCUCCUUCCUUUGGCUCCACUCCGAACGCAUCCUCCUCCUCUGCGGCCAAGACCCUGCCAUCACCGCCAUUGCCUCCACGUACCUCGUCUCCUGCGCACCUACCCUCUUCCUCCAAUCCUUCAUCCACCCUCUCAAGAUCUACCUCCGGUCGCAGAACCUCCUGCUGCCACUCACCUCCGCCGCAUGCCUAGCAUUAGUCCUCCACGUGCCGAUCAGCUACUUGUUUGUGUGCUUGCUCGGCCUCGGCACACGAGGGAUCGCAAUGGCGGCCAUCGUGUCGGACCUCAGCUUCGCGAGCACCAUGGUGGCCUACCUUCACAUCACCAGCUCGCACUGCAAGUCGUGGCCCGGGUGGUCAUUGUCUGAGUGCUUCAAGCAGUGGCAGCCGCUCCUCAGCCUCGCUGCGCCGAGCUGCGUCACGGUGUGCCUUGAGUGGUGGUGGUACGAGCUCAUGAUCAUCCUCUCAGGGCUAUUAGACAAUGCAGCCGACGCUGUGGCAGCGAUGGGGAUCCUCAUGCAGGUGACGUCCCUCGUAUACGUGGUUCCGUCGGCGCUGGGCCUUGCAGUGUCAACGAGGGUAGGCCACGAGCUAGGGGCAGGGCGGCCGGAGCGGGCACAGCAGGCCGCGAAGGUGGCGUUGGGGUGCGCAGCAGCAGCCGGGGCGGCGGCGGCGGGGGCUGCAGUGGUGGGGAGGGGAAAGUGGGGGUGGGCGUUCACCGGGGAUGCAGCGGUGGCAAGGCUUGCGGCGGCGGCGAUGCCAGUGGUGGGGCUGUGCGAGCUGGGGAACUGCCCGCAGACCGCGGGGUGCGGGGCGCUGCGGGGGAGCGCGCGGCCUGGGCUCGGGGCGGGGAUCAACAUGGGGGCGUUCUACGGGGUGGGGAUGCCGGUGGCAGUAGCGAUCGGGCUGAGGAUGGGCAUGGGGCUGGUGGGGCUGUGGAUGGGGAUGGUGGCGGCGCAGGCGGCGUGCGCGGCGGCGGUGGUGUGGGUGGUGGUGAGGAUGGACUGGGGGGCGGAGGCGAGGAGGGCCAAGGACAGGAGCUGUGGUGGUGGUGGGAUGGGAGUGAGAGUGGAUGAAGAGGAGGGGUUCGUGUUUUCUUCUACUGUUUGUUCUCCCAAGGGGGGUGGCGAAGAGACUGAGUCCCUUGCUUCAUGCAUGCCUAUGAAGGUGGUUUUAGGCUGCUAAGAUGGUAUUGUUAUUUUAGAGCAUCCUUUUUCACAGUUUGAUGUUACUGUGAAGAUAUUGGACUGAGUGCAAUGGGUGUAAAUUCGCGAGAAAAUAGAUAGCGAGCCAUUGGACUUUAGAUGUAAACAGUCUAGAAGCAGGCCGACUCUGGCUUCAUGAUGAUGACAAGAGCACUCGUAGGAACCGGCUUCUUUGUACAUUAAUCAACGUUCUUAUGAUAUUUGGAUUUGAUGCUUAGCAAUUUGGGCAAAUUAAUCUCCAGUCUCGCUAAGGGAACAGGAAAGGAUAAACAGAAGUGGAUGCUAACUCAACUUUGUUACAAAACCUCGAGGUUUUUAAGGGGUGUGGGAUGCUUGUUUAGUGGGAUAUAUGGAUGUCUGUAUGUAUGUCUUCUUAUAUAUUAUUGAUUCAUUUCUUGUUAGUUUAA